AUGUUCGCUAGAGCCCCGACUAUCGGCAAAACCCCGGAUAAUUUCCCGGGUUUCACGCCCCAGGCCCAGCGCAUUAUCAAGGCCUUUGCCCAGCAGCUGGGGACCUCUCAAAGCGAGGACUGUCUCUACUUGAAUGUAUGGGCGGAGCUGACUGCGAAGCCGAAGCCAGUGCUUGUGUUCAUCCAUGGUGGUCGGUUCACCGUCGGCGGCGCCAACGGCCCCUACUAUAAUGGCCAGGCUUUGGCGGACGAGCAUGACGUGGUUGUCGUGACCUUCAACUACCGCCUCAACAUCUUCGGGUUUUCAGGUGCCCCCGGACUUCCACAAAAUGUAGCGCUGCUAGAUCAGCGCUUGGCCGUUGAAUGGGUUCACCGCAACAUUGCAGCGUUCGGCGGGGAUCCCACGCGAAUCACCAUCUUUGGCCAGUCCGCCGGGGGUGCAUCUGUCGACUACUAUUCCUAUAUCUGGACGGAGAAUCCUCUCAUCAGCGGUCUCAUCUCGCACUCUGGCACUGCCCUCAGCUUUAAGCCAAACACUGCGGAAGAGUCGGCUAGCUAUUUCUAUCACGUUGCGCAGACCCUGGGAUGCGGAGACAACACCACCGAUUCCCAAACUCUCGUUCAAUGCGUUCGCAGCCAUUCGUAUCAGGAUGUUCUGAAAGCCGUGGCCAAGGUCCCUCCCGCCGAAUCACCCGCUCUCCCUCAGCCAGUCUUCCACCCCACCGUGGAUGGAGUCACUGUGUUUGAUGACUAUGCGGACAGGUCUGCCGCUGGAAAGUAUGCCCAUGUGCCAUAUCUCCUGACUAGCAAUGAUAACGAAGCGGGAUACUACCGUGUCAAUGCUUUCUCUGGGAACAUCUCCCUCAGCGACCGCGAAUGGAAUCAGUUCAACCUGGCGGCAUUCACCUGUCCGACUGGCGCAGAGGCCAAGAAUCGCGCGGCGAACGGAGUUCCAACCUGGCAGGCCCGCUACUUUGGUGACUGGGACAACUUGCGGAUGUAUCCUACCAGUGGCGCUUAUCAUGGGGUCGAUCUGCCGAUGGUGUUUGGCACUGCCCAGUCGGUGAGCGGCCUGCCUAACUCUCCGGAAGAGGACGAGUUUGCAAAGUAUAUGGCCUCGGCGUGGGUAGCAUUUGCUAGUGACCCGCAGAACGGACUGACCGAGUUCGGUUGGCCUCGUUAUCAGCCCGAUGAUAAAUCUCUUGUUGGACUCGCCUACAAAAACAGCACUGAAGCUCGGUUCUUCCCUCCUGCCAUGUUUGAGCAUGGGUGUGCUGUUUUGAACGGGGAUACUACUCCUGGAAAGGGGGCAUUCUAG